GUCAACGGCGCGAACAGGGCAACCUCGAUCGCAGGUCGCGGUGGGUCAGUGGCGCGCCAAAACAUGUUUUGGUGGGAGACGAUGCUGGCGGACGCUGCAGCGACGGCACGGUGGCCCCCCCAUUCCAUGGUCUAACCCACGGUCUCGUGGACCACGAGCGCUGGAAAGGGCUGGAUGAUGUAGCGGGCAGGCCGGGAGGAGGGGGGGCGGCGGCAAGGGCGGGUGAUGUAGCGGCCGGGCGGGGGGCGGGGCCGGGGAAAGGGCGGAUGAUGUAG